AAUCCACUACUGUUUGUUUGGCUCUGUACAUGAUCCCACCACAGCUCUCGGUGUACCAUCUGUGGAUCUGCGAGGACUUGUGACUCCUGGUUCUCUGUACCGCCGACCAAUCAGCGUCGGCUGAAGGGGGCGGGCCCAGCGGUUCCCUAGGUUACCUGCGUGAUUGACGUUCAGCCUCCUGCAGCGGAGCGCGCGGCAGUGUAUCACUGAUGCUCCUGCUUCCCCCCCCGGAGACCGUGGAGAAAUCUGGAAGAGAGGAGAGCCGGAGAGAGAAACACACGGGAGCGAGAGGGAUGCUGAUGAUUUAAAAAGUCCUUUCCGCCUCUCUUCCUCCUCUCUUUACUGGGAGAGAUGAAAGCUGGAGCGCUGGAAGAAGCCGGCUGAAGGGAGAGGAAAGGAAGGAUUCCUGAAGAAGGGGGGGAUUUGUUGGAAACCUAUAUGAAGACGCCACAAGAAGAUUCAACGAGAAAACAGCUGCUGAUUGCUUAACCGAACUACAGUCAGACACGAACAUGUUCAGCAGAACGUCGUACCCAUAAGGCCUUGCUGGGGCCCAGUGGGGGGGUUUACAAGGAGGCAGAGAUGAACCUGACCAACGACAGGCCGUCACCCGGGGAUAUAAGCUCCACCCACCAUUGAUCUUCAGGGUGACUGACAGCUGGACCAACGCCUCAUACACCGGCAUCUGAAUCCCCAUUGGCCCACAGAACAGUGCAGUGUCUGGAAAUGACCACUAAGCGGAAGCUGAUUGGCCGGCUGGUGCCGUGCCGUUGUUUCCGUGGUGAAGAGGAAGUGAUCUCAGUGUUGGACUACUCCCACUGCAGCCUGCAGCAGGUCCCCAAGGAGAUCUUUAGCUUCGAGAGAACUCUGGAGGAGCUCUACCUAGACGCCAACCAGAUUGAGGAACUACCCAAGCAACUCUUCAACUGCCAGGCCUUGAAGAAGCUGAGCAUGCCCGAUAACGACCUGUCCAACCUGCCCACCACCAUCGCCAGCUUGGUUAACCUCAAAGAGCUGGACAUCAGUAAAAACGGUAUCCAGGAGUUUCCAGACAAUAUAAAAUGCUGUAAAGGCCUGUCUGUGGUGGAAGCCAGUGUCAACCCUAUCACCAAACUCCCAGAUGGUUUUACACAGCUCCUGAAUCUGACCCAGCUCUUCUUAAACGAUGCCUUCUUGGAGUAUCUGCCAGCUAACUUUGGCAGACUCUCCAAACUACGGAUCCUGGAGCUGAGAGAGAACCACCUGAAAACAAUGCCAAAGUCCAUCCACAGACUGACACAGUUGGAGAGGUUGGAUCUGGGUAGCAAUGAAUUCUCUGAAGUGCCGGAGGUGUUGGAACAGAUCCACAACCUAAGAGAACUGUGGCUGGAUAACAACUCUCUACAGUCUAUACCAGGGUCCAUAGGAAAACUUCGUCAGUUGCGGUACAUGGACUUAGCUAAGAAUCGUAUUGAGACGUUGGACACAGAUAUUUCAGGCUGCGAGGCCUUAGAGGACCUGCUGCUGUCCUCCAACAUGCUACAGCACCUCCCUGACACUAUAGGAAUGUUGAAGAAACUGACAACAUUGAAGGUAGAUGACAACCAGCUGACCUCACUGCCUAACACUAUCGGGAGUGCGAAGCCCAAGCAAGGUCUGUCUCUGUUGGAGGAGUUGGACUGUAGUUGUAAUGAGUUAGAGUCGUUGCCUCCCACUAUCGGCUACCUGCACAGCCUGAGGACCUUCGCUGCUGAUGAGAACUUCCUCUCAGAGCUGCCCCGGGAGAUCGGUAACUGUAAGAACGUGACGGUAAUGUCACUUCGGUCCAACAAACUGGAGUUUCUUCCUGAUGAGAUCGGACAGAUGACCAAACUACGAGUCCUUAACCUCAGUGACAACAGGUUAAAGAAUCUACCGUUUACCUUUACAAAGCUGAAGGACCUGGCAGCUCUCUGGCUUUCUGACAAUCAGUCCAAGGCUCUGAUCCCACUGCAGACAGAAGCCCACCCUGAAACCAAACAGAAGGUUUUGACCAACUACAUGUUUCCUCAGCAACCGCGACAUGACGAGGAUUACCAGUCGGACAGUGACAGCUUUAAUCCUACUCUGUGGGAGGAGCAGAGACAGCAGAGGAUGACUGUGGCCUUUGACUUUGAGGAUAAGAAAGAAGAGGAAGACAACUCUGGGAAGGUCAAGGUGGAGAUAAACCUAAAGCGCUACCCAACACCUUACCCUGAGGACCUUAAGAACAUGGUCAAGUCAGUGCAAAGCCUUGUGGGUAAAAGCGUACACGCCGGACACGGGCUCCAGCACCAGCACCAGCAUCAACACCAGCACCAGCACCAGCAUCAGCUGAGCACAGGCACUGCCACCUCGGCAGGAACCAACAUGGAACACACACACCUCAGCAAAGAACAGUACGAACCACCGUGGCCCCUGCCUCCCAAAGAGGUGACAGACAGAGAGAUGCAGGACUUCUCUCAGACUCAGCUAAUGGAUCAGGGAUCAAUGCAUAACUCUGGCAUCGACAUUCCCAAGAGGAAGGACAAAGAGGACCUGACAGAGAGCUCUGAGGACUCGAUGGGCGGCUCUCCCAACGACAUCCGUAUCUCGGACAUGAGGCCCACCCUGGUGGAGCCACCGAUGUACAAACCAAAGGUGGUGCUGCUGGGGAAGGACAAGAAAGAGUCUACAGAUGAGGAGGUGGAUAAGCUUCACUGUCUGAACCACAGCGGCUCCUCAGCCACCUACUCCGACUAUUCUCCCUCACAGGGCUCCUCCGGCUCCUCCAACCCGCCCGCCAACACGCACUCACACACACUGUCUCACUCACACCAACACAAUCCCGCCCUGCCGGCCCCCAACAAGGACCAGGCCCCUCAAACACACUGGACCAACAGACUGGCUCAGUCGUUCCCCAAGCCCAUUGACUCAAAGCCCCUGCUAUCUCAGAGAGAAACCCCUCCAUCAGGAACCCUGCAGCAGCGCGGAGAUCGACGACCACUGAGCGAGCCUUUUGACUGGUCCGAGGCCCCUCACUAUGACAACACAGGUUUUGAUGCUGAGGAGUCUCCUCUGGACGCUCCAUCCUCUACUGGGAGUCAGGGAAACCCACCACUGGGCUCCAAACCCCGCAGCCAGUCCACACAUGGGCGACGCCCCCUCCUCAGGCAAGAGCGAAUCGUAGGAGUACCUCUGGAGCUGGACACUCACACGCUUCCCUUCCACAGCAACCAACGCUCCACUCCAGACAAUGACCCACAAUCCUCCGGACCUCACAGCCAGAAUCCUUGGCAGAACUGGACCAGAACCCCCAGCCCGCUGGAGGACCGAACCGCUUUUCCCUCUAAACUGGAUAUGACGCCCACUUCCAGCCCCAACCCUGAUCGCAAGGACAUAGACUCAAGGAUGGAACAAGGUGCUGGGCCUUUGCCUGGCAGCUGGACAUACCACAACAAUCAGGGGGAGCAGGGCAGGAAGGAUCAGCUAAGUGUCAGCGGAGGCAACAAGGUGACCGUGGUGAUGAGUAAAAGCUCUGACCGCCUGUCCCCCAUGAUGAGGGAGACAAGAUCCAAGUUUAAGAAGUCACAGAGCAUCGAUGAGAUUGACAUCGGCUCCUACAAGGUCUACAGUAUCCCCGUGGACAGCUACAGUUCAUCCAUUGAGCAGCAGACUAGUUUGGACCGUCCAGAGAUGCCCUGUUCUAUGGAGCAGACCAACAUGUCACGGUCACAGUCGGCCCCCAUGUUAGACGAUGAGAUGGGCUUCCCAGGACACGGAGGCGGCAACCAGAACCACGGGGGACAGAACCAAAAACCUGCCAUCCCACAUAAGGCGUAUCACUUUGACCACAACUACAACCCCCAGGUGACCAUGGACCGUCGGGUCCCUCCCCCCUUCCCUAACACACCAGAUUAUGUCAACCACUCAUCAAAGGCCUUGGAGUACAUCAAUCAACCAGGGAAGACAUUACCCAAGGAGUUGGUGAGCCCUCGGUAUCGUGCAUAUCCACCGCUGGAGAUGUUUUCUUUUCCCCAAUCACCUAUCAAUCAGGAUGGUCUGCCCAGCCAGCAGCAACAGCAGCCAGUCCCUACACAGCGCUCCAGGCCAGGGUUUUUGAGGAGAGCGGAUUCAUUGGUGAGCUCUACAGAGCUCGCUUUGUUCCGCAGAGUCCAUGAAGCCCAGCAGGAGGCGCUGCAGGAAGCCCAAUACAGACAGCAGGCGGAUCCCCCUCUUUAUAGUCGGGCUCUUGUCUACUCCACCCCCAUGGAGCACUCUGCUCUCACCAACAUGGCCGACAGCCAGAGCCAGAUGUUGCACAAUAAGAGAAAUGGUCGCUACGAUGACGACUAUACCACCUACCAGGAACAGAAGAAGCCUAUGAUCGGUUACCCGACCAAGAGCCUGACUCAGCGCCGCCCCCUGUCUGCCAGGAGCUACAGUACUGAGACCUACGGAGCAUCUCAGGCCCGUCCAGUGUCAGCUCGUCCCACCAUGGCCGCCCUGCUGGAGAAGAUGCCCCCUGACUACACUCUGGCAACCUGCCCUGAGAAGCCAUCCGAUGACACCAUCAAAGUAAGACCUGUCGUACCACAGAAACCUGAAGACAUCACCUCCAGGAUGCCUGCCGACUGGAGGCAACAGCUACUUAGGCACAUAGAGGCCAAACGAUUGGACAGGAGUGGUGUCCUAAAGCACAACACGCUCACGCUGGGCAUGCUCUGUCAGGGCGGGGGUCACGGCCAGGGGCGCAGCAGCACUUUGAACUUUAACCUUUACAAUAACACUAAGCAUGAGCCCCCUGCUGGCCGCUGGCUGCCACUACCUCCUCCUCCGUCUGCUAACGCUACCCCCUCUCAGCAGGCUGCCAUGCUGGACAAUGACCAGGAGGGGGUGUCAGGAAGCAACCAGUGGGCUCCCUACUCCCUUGGCAGGAGGGAUGUCCCACCUGACAACCUCAUGAAAAAGAGUGCCCACUCCCACAACCCCUCCCACCAGUCACACAACACACACAUGAUCGUCACUUCCUCCACCUCCUCCUCGUCUACCACGCCUCACCGUGUAGUCGGGCAGCAGGGCUACGACGGGAUGAUGAACAAAGGGGGCCAAUACCAACCAGGGAUGCCCUUGUCAGUGGUUCCCUCUGGGGGUCCGGGCCAGUACCAAGGCAACAUGUCUCAAGGCCAUCCCAAUGCUGGACAGGGUUAUUCCAGCUCAGGCCUGCCCAUGGCCCUGUCCCCGUCUGGGAACCAGCCCCAGUACAACCCCCAUUCCUCCCACUCUUCCCAUCAGCCCUCCCUCCCCGCCACCAACCCCCAGUACCACAGCAACCAGGGCAUGGUCCAUAGCAACCAGGUUGUCAUGACCCACACCAAUCCACGGCCUCAGAGCGCUCGCUGCCUGUUGCAGACGAAAGGCCAGAAGAGCACGGAUGGUUUCCAGGAACAGUUGUGUGUGAGAAUAGAGAAGAACCCUGGUCUUGGUUUCAGUAUCUCUGGUGGGAUCAGUGGCCAGGGGAACCCCUUCAAACCCUCCGACAUGGGUAUCUUUGUUACUAGGGUACAGCAUGACGGGCCCGCCGCCUCCGCCCUGCAGCCCGGAGACAAGAUACUGCAGGCUAACGGACAUAGUUUUUUACACAUGGAGCACGAGACAGCCGUCUCUCUGCUGAAGAGUUUCCAGCGGACGGUGGACUUGAUGGUUCUGAGAGACAGCAGCACGCGCUAAAAAUAGUUUUAUAACAAACAAACAAACAAACACAACAACGCUUCUCUACUCUGCUCAUCGCCAUCCCACGCCACCCCACCUGCCCUCCGCUGGAGGCUUGUGGAACUGAGAAAUGAGCCGCCUUUUUUACCUUUUUAGGGGAACACACAGACAUUUAUUUGCCUAUUGCUGGACCAAAGGCAAAUACUAGUGCCAAAUGUACCAUAGGAAACAUAUCGGCUCUUCUGUCCACCGGCGGUCAGGGACCUGAUCGACGAUUGGACGGACCACAAGAGGACUCUACACUUUGAGUUCCUACAGGGCUGCUGCAGUUUGGAUUUUGUGGUUGGUUUGUUAAUUAGGCAGUCAUCUUAUUGGUCAGUCUGAAUAGUUUGUUUCUGUUGGUUAGGGUUCUGGGAUAUUUUUGCUUUUCUCCACUGCCUUUUUAUUUUGCUGUCCAUGAUAGAUCUUUAAUAUUUUGUUUGGUGUAGCACAUAUUUCACAUUCAGCGUUCUUCAUUGUUCUUCUUUGCUUUGUCCAGUUCUCUUCUGUUUAAUUUUCUGUUGUCUUCUAAUCUGUUUUCUUAUUUUAUUUUAUAUUUCUUUCAGUGUCUUUUGUUUUAUUACUUUCUGCUGUCUUCUGUUGUGUUCUGCAGGUAUUAUUGCCUCCAGUGUAUAGAAAUUGAAAACGUAAGACUUUCUGCCUUGUGUACAUAUAUAGAGCUGCAGCUUUCUAGAGCUGCACUCUCCUUGGGGCCUGGACAGACAGCUCUAAAAGUUUAUGAUUGAUAUAAAUAUUGUUGAUAAACUACAUUCUGAAUUCUCUCUUAUGAACAUACAGGGAUUAUUUCUCCAAAUGGACAAUUUUCUAAAGUAUACCACUGAUUUUUUUUUUCUUUCUGUAAAGAAAACACUGUUCAUAGUUCAUCAUUGCUACUUGUUUUUUUGUUUUAAAAACGGUUGCUUGCACAGCUGUGCUGAAAAGAGCUAAAGCAAUAUUUCUGAGGCUCUGGCCAUUGAGAUUUUCAGCAGAGCCUAACUUGUCCUGCAGUGCCAUCUAUCGAGCAAGUCAUGCUAAUGUUUACACACACUGCCAUGCACAUGAACUACCAGGCAAACACACAUAUACAGUAGAUGUAUGUGCCCCCAUACACAACGCAUAUGCAAUGGUGCGCUCUGUGCACUAUUGCAUAAUAAAGCCCUGUCUAUAUUCUAGCCUGAUUUUAAAUUUCAACUGCUAUUAUAAAACCAAUCACAUACACAGACAUUGUAACAUUACUCAUAAUAUCUGUGCCAUAUCACAUUUUGUGGUCCUGUUUUCUAGUAUUGUUACUGCAGUGUUACAUCCCUUUUUAGCUGUUUGAGUUGUAUGAUAAAGUCACAGCAUGCUCUCAUAUCAUUGGUCACUGUCAGCCAGCCAUUUUCUGUUGGCUUCUAGAGUUCCCUACUCUGUAGAAGACUCUAGAUGUAUUAUACCACUGAGUUUCAGUGAGACUGAUGUUCUAUAGUUGGUGCCAUAUGGACCCUUUUCCCUUCCCUGGUUGUAUUUAAACAGGCCUACAACUUUAGAGCUUUACCCCUUUGUGGCCCAGAUCUGAUCUGCAUACAGUGAAAGCAGCAGCGUGUAGGGAAACUGGUUUUAACAUUUGGUGAGGGUCCUGACCUCUGGCCUCCAUGUGGAAAGCAACAAGAGAAAAGAGAAUGUCACUACAAGAAUCAAUAAGGUAUAACACACAGUUUAAAGUGUCUUAAUGGGUAAAUCUGUAGUGAAUCACAUUUUCCCUUUUUAGACAAUCAGGAAAUUAUCUGAGGCUGUGUGGCUACACUUGAAAUUUCAGUGGAAAUUUUGUAACCUGAGGAGAUGCUAAUUGACUCUAGGUAUACAUGGAAAUUUAGAUUUGCCAACUCUGUUGGUGAACGUUGAAAAUUAUAUGUAGAUAGGGUCAGGUAGUGUUUGGAAUAUGACAUUUAAAGGAGCAGGGAAACAAAGUAAUAUAUAAUGACUCACAUGUAGAAACUGUGGUCAUAUGUGGUCAUAUACAGUCAAAUCUGACCGUCAUGGUCAAGCUUCAGAAAUUGUAUUGACAUGACAGAAGUAACCACAGAAAAAGGGUGAAGAGUUUCAUUUUCUGUCUUCGUGUAAAUGCAACACGUGUCUUGAAGACAUCUCAUGACAGGGAGUUUUGUUCUGUUCUGUAUAACAUCUGAUGUUUCAUCCAGAGCAAAACAACAUCCUUCGCUGUCCUUUGCUUUUACUUGACAUGACAGUGUCAUCCUGUGCCCAUUUUGUGUCAACCCUCUUAAUAAGCGUUAGAAUUUAGUUAAUUCAAUAUAAAGGACACAAAAUGGCACAGUUUAGUCUUGUGGUUGAGACAUCUUAACCACAGGCACCCACCCAACCCUAUUUAGAGUUUGAAAUAUCAAAGAUAUUGUGAUGAGAACAGAGAAAAAGGUUUGAUAAUAUAAUUAUUUUUUACUACAUGUUUCAGGUAAUUCUUUCUAAAUAUAUUGAUAUACCUUAGCUUUGCUCAAAAAUUGUGAUAUUUUAUAAUAAUGACACUUAUAACAAAGUUAUGGAUGGAAGUACGCACAGUAUGACUUGGAGACCUACACAUGUACUAUCCAAAACUGUAUAAAAUGUAUUUCUACUGUAAUUGUGAAUUUGUGUUAUACAAAUAUAUAUUAUAUAUAUAUGUAUAUGACUACAAAAACAGUCAUUUUCUAUGUGUUUAAACUACAUAAGAGCUGAACAAAUGCUGAGGACGGUGUCACUGUACAUAGCUGUGAAUGAAAUCCAAUUUAAAAUGACUCAUAUUGAUUGUGAAUGUACUCAUGCUUUCUGCAGUACCUACACCUACCCAACUUGAAUGCUGCUUCUUCUGUUGUGUGACAAAAAGUACUUUGACCUCCGAAGAGAGAACUGCUGUCGAGUUAUAAGUUGGACAAAUUUUAGUGACGAUUUAACAGAACUAUUUAUUUCUUUAUUUAUUUGCACAUGCAAGUUGAAAUCCUUCCAGUUUUAAGUUUGAGUAUUAAUGCGGAGAAAUGUAAUUGCAGAAGUAUAUAUAAUAUAUAUCAUGUGUUUAGAAUGCAUUUUGCAGACGCUAUCUGUACAUACUAUUUAAGAUACAGUUUUUACAAAAAAUAAUAUAUGUAUAAAAUUGAAAAAAUGCUGUGCAGCGAUUAUACUGGAGCCAUUUUGGGCUUUGGGACGUACCAUUUUUUCAGUAUAUAAGAAGUGUUUUGAAUAAUGUACUAAAGUCUCUAUUGUACAAAUAAUAAAAAUGUCACUAUUGGUUA